ACAAUCAAAUUUGUUACAAAACCUUACAUGUAGUAUGAAUACUGAGGAAUACUAUCCUGGUUAUAAUUUAUUCUUAAUUUGUGUGAAUUGGGUUACACUUAUGUCACUUUAGGAUCCAUGAGAUAUUUCCUAUUAAACAUGAAAAGUCUCUCCCUCUUCAUUUGAACCAGUGACAGCAUCUGUUGAUUUAUGAACAAUAAAGAAAUCUCAGUACAACUAUAAGUAGGCUAUCUCAGAUCGGAACUCAGUUAACCAUCAGCCUACUCCAGCGUCAGUUUAUAUCUACAUGUCAGAUCUGCAGCAGCCAAUCAUCUUCAAGCUCAUUCAAUAAACGAGGUAAUGCCUCCACCGUCUGGGAAAAGUAGCAGACGCCGCUGUGCUGCACAGGCGGAGUCGGUCGUUUCCUUCUAUUGACACAAGAUGGCGCUGUUAACUUCUGCUGCCGAUGUUCAACAGGUUUGCAGGAGCAGCAGCUUCACCGCAGGACGAACUGCACAACAGUGGAGGGAGGGAUGCAUCCUGCAAAACAAUGCAGUUACAUCUGGUCUUCAAAUGUUUUUAUUUUUAAAACCUGAUGUUGUUUGCAUGUAAAUAGAAGCCUUAAGUGUCACAUCUGGACUCCUGAUUUACAAAAGCAAAACUUGGCGGCAGAGACACUUGGGGACCGAAGGACCUACCAUGAGAAGGGCUGUGGAUGUUGUGCUGACUGUGCUGCUCACCGUGUCCCUGUCGUACCGGAGCGCCCUCGGCGGCUACGGGAUGAGUCUGUUCGCGGCGCAGACCUCUCCCCCGGACCCCUGCUACGACGAGCACGGCAACCCGCGGCGCUGCAUCCCGGACUUUGUCAACUCCGCCUUCGGGAAGGAAGUGAAAGUGUCCAGCACCUGCGGCAAGACGCCCAGCCGCUACUGCGUGGUGACAUCGGCGGACAAGGUGGACGAGAGGACCAGAAACUGUCACACCUGCGAUGCCUCGGACCCCAAGAAGUAUCAUCCUCCGGCGUACCUGACGGACCUCAACAACCCUCACAACCUCACCUGCUGGCAGUCCGAGAACUUCAUCCAGUAUCCGCAAAAUGUCACCCUGACUCUUUCCCUUGGCAAGAAGUUUGAGGUCACAUAUGUGAGCCUGCAGUUCUGCUCGCCUCGACCUGAAUCCAUGGCUAUUUACAAGUCCAUGGAUUACGGUAAAACUUGGGUACCCUUUCAGUUUUACUCGACCCAGUGCAGGAAGAUGUACAACAAGCCCAACAGGGCCGUUAUCACGAAGCAGAACGAGCAGGAGGCCGUCUGCACGGACUCCCACACCGACAUGCACCCUCUGACCGGCGGGCUCAUCGCCUUCAGCACACUGGACGGCAGACCGUCGGCGCACGACUUCGACAACUCGCCGGUGCUGCAGGACUGGGUGACGGCCACCGACAUUAAAGUGAUCUUCAGCCGGUUGCACACUUUCGGUGAUGAGAACGAGGACGAUUCGGAGCUGGCCCGGGACUCGUACUUCUACGCCGUGUCGGACCUGCAGGUCGGAGGGAGAUGCAAGUGCAACGGGCACGGAUCUCGGUGCGUAAAGGACCGGGAUGGGAGUCUGGUGUGUGAGUGCAAACACAACACCGCCGGACCAGAGUGCGACAGGUGCAAACCUUUCCACUACGACAGACCGUGGCAGAGAGCCACAGCCAGGGAGGCCAACGAGUGUGUCGCCUGUAAUUGCAACCUUCACGCUCGAAGGUGUCGCUUCAACAUGGAGCUGUACAAGCUGUCGGGGAGGAAGAGCGGAGGAGUCUGCCUCAACUGUCGCCACAACACGGCCGGUCGCCACUGUCACUACUGCAAAGAGGGCUACUACCGAGACCUGUCCAAACCCAUCUCACACAGGAAAGCCUGCAAGGCAUGUGAUUGCCAUCCCGUGGGUGCUGCUGGCAAAACCUGUAACCAAACCACAGGACAAUGUCCCUGUAAAGACGGCGUGACCGGUAUCACGUGCAACCGGUGUGCUAAAGGCUACCAGCAGAGCCGCUCGCCCAUUGCCCCCUGCAUAAAGAUUCCAGUUACACCUCCUACAACUCCAGCCAGCAGUACAGAGGAGCCCUCAGACUGCGACUCUUACUGCAAAGCGUCUAAAGGCAAACUGAAAAUCAACAUGAAGAAGUACUGCAAGAAAGAUUACGCCGUCCAGGUGCACAUACUGAAGGCGGACAAGGCCGGCGAGUGGUGGAAGUUCACCGUCAACAUCAUCUCCGUCUACAAGCAAGGAGAAAGCCGCAUCCGCCGCGGGGACCAGUUCCUGUGGGUCCGUGCCAAAGACGUGGCCUGCAAAUGUCCCAAGAUCAAACCCGGGAAGAAGUACCUGCUGCUGGGGAACGACGAGGACUCCCCCGGCCAGAGCGGAGUGGUGGCCGACAAAGGCAGCCUGGUUAUCCAGUGGAGGGACACGUGGGCGCGCAGGCUCAGGAAGUUCCAACAGCGUGAGAAGAAAGGCAAGUGCAAGAAGCCAUAGGCGGAAAAGAUGGAGAGGAAGCCGGAGAAGGAGAGGAAUUCAAGAGAAAAGCUGAGCGGGUGAUUUAAAAAAAAAAAAAAAAAAAGAGUGAAAGA